AGUUUGCUUCCUUGGCUCAAUCUUCUUGCGAGCAACCUCUGGUCGACUAUCGUGCGAGCCCUGAGGUCGCAAAUGCCAAGGACUGUCUUUUGUCCACGACAUUGGUACGCGGUACCGAAUGCUUAGCUUGCGACUGUGUGUACGUGCGUUGCACGACACUGCCGGAAUCUGGGGAACCCAGGAAGCAUUGUUGAAUUUCCUGUUCCAAUCAGCCAGAUUCCAUUGUGUAACAGUUUGGAUGGAUCUGUGUUGAUGCUGUUCGGCUGUCGAAGGUUCAAGCCUGGCGAACGCGUCCAAGCUCCCUCGGCUCAAGGCGCCCUUCCCCACAUCCAGCUCUGUGGCAGCUCUCACCAACACGCUAUUACCCCAUACUCUUCCCGCAUCCGAACAUCAAUUGCCCUGCCUGCGGCGUAGCCACUCCGGAUUAUGUCGUCGAAGUUUAAUUGUCUACGCGCCGCGCGUCUCGCUGCGCGCCAUCCGUGUCAUCGAAGGACCCUUGCCUCGGCCGCCUCUAGCCGUGACACUGUUCGAAUUGUCGAAGUUGGGCCAAGAGAUGGACUUCAGAACGAGAAGAAAGCCAUUUCUGUGGCUACGAAGAUAGAGCUAUUAGAGAGACUGGCCAGGACUGGUCUGCGGACCAUCGAGGCAGGCUCAUUUGUGUCACCGAAAUGGACACCACAGAUGGCAAAUUCGUCCGAAAUCCUCGAAUACGUCCUCCGUAAUACGCCUCAGUCCCCCACGCCUAUAACAUACCAAUGGCUGCUUCCGAAUGUGAAGGGGUUCGACAACUUUCUGAAAUUGUGGAAUACUCAGUUGUCCUCGGGGCAAGAUGCGUAUCCUACGCCUCCGCCUUCGCCAGUUUCAGAAGGUGGUCCAGCGUUGAAUACAUCGUCAGAAGAUCCCAACGCCAUGCCCUCCGCAACUUCAGGUGCUGAAGCUAUGGGUAAAGAGCGGAGCGCAACAGGUUCAGCUGCGCCGAUACACGAGAUUUCCAUAUUCACUGCGGCAACCGAGGCUUUUACACAAAAGAACACCAACUGCUCGAUAGCAGAGUCGCUGAAACGAUUCGAGCCUGUCAUGUCGAAGGCCAAGGAGAUGGAUUUGAAGGUUCGAGCAUACAUCUCAGUCGCACUCGGGUGCCCAUACGAGGGACCGGACGUGGAUCCUCACAAGGUGGCAGAGCUAGCAGUCAAUCUCCUGGAGAUGGGCGCAGACGAAAUCUCAGUCGCAGACACGACGGGCAUGGGCACCGCGCCGAAGACUGCAGAGCUUCUGAAGACUCUGAAUUCCGCUGGUAUUGAUAAGCACGACCUGGCGUUACACUUCCACGACACAUACGGAAUGGCCUUGGUAAAUUCGGUGGUCGCUCUCGAGCACGGUAUCCGCACAUUUGACGCUGCAGUAGGUGGGCUUGGAGGCUGUCCAUACAGCCCGGGUGCGACUGGCAACGUGGCCACCGAAGAUCUGGUUCACCUUUUCCAUAGCUUAGGUAUGCCCACUGGAGUGAACAUGGAGGAGCUUUCGGAGAUUGGCGAAUGGAUCUCGGCAGAGCUUGGGAAGUCUAACGAGAGUAGUGCCGGAAAGGCUACAUUGGCGCAGAGGCGGAAGUAAAAUAAGACCACCGUAGGGUCAGAUUACAGAGUAAUAGAUGAUCAGUAUCAAAGCAAGCGUUUGGUGUUUGUCGGCCUACAUGU